UGAUGACACAAGGCAGUCAUGUCUUCUACAAUUUCAUCCUAGGAAACCCUUUUGACAAAUCAGAUAGCAGAACCAAUUUUCCCGUCAAAUCGCUUGCCACGCUAACAAAUUGAAUUUAAAUUGCUCUGGGUGGGUAAGUCCGUUUCCUGUCAGCCGCCCUGGAAUAGAGCUCUUCACUCUCUAGUCUCUCCGUUUACAUUCACUCACAUGAAAUCUGCACACAUUUCUCUGCCUUCUUAGUUUCCAAGCCUUUCCCUGCCUUCAAUCGUCACUAAGUUCAUGGCCACACCAUUGAUCCUACUCGUUUUCUCUUUGGCUUUAUAUUGUCCACUUUCAUCUUCAUCCUCUGAUGGUCUAUGGGUAGGCUCAUCUCUGUCGGUGGAGACUGCAGGUGAUGUCUUGACUUCACCUAAUGGCACUUUUAGUGCUGGGUUCCACCCCGUUGGCCAGAAUGCUUAUUCCUUUGCGAUUUGGUUCAACAAACCAUCUUGCAGUGCUAACAGUUGCACCAUAGUUUGGAUGGCAAAUCGGGACCAACCAGUCAAUGGUAGAUACUCAAAGCUCUGUCUACUGAAAUCAGGUAAUCUUGUUUUAAAAGAUGCGGGUCGUAUCCCUGUUUGGGAAACGAAAACCGUCUCGCAGUCCCCUACCCAUUUAAAACUGGAAGAUGGCGGCAAUCUCGUCUUGCGGAACUUGGAAGGCAAUAUUUUGUGGCAAAGCUACGAUUCACCCACGGAUACUCUGCUUCCUCUUCAACCAUUCAAUGAGUACACAAAGCUCAUCUCAUCAAGAAGCCAGGGAAACUACUCCUCGGGUUUUUUUCAGCUUUACUUCGACCCUGAUAAUGUCCUCUGCCUUGUGUACGAUGGUCUUGAGUUUUCAAGCGUUUACUGGCCAAGCCCAUGGCUUUUGAGAUGGGAAGCUGGCAGAUCCACGUUCAAUAAUAGCAAAAUUGCAGUUCUGGAUUCUAUGGGCAAUUUUAGUUCAACUGACAAUUUUACCUUCUUGUCAGCUGAUUAUGGCUCAAAGAUUCCAAGAAUGUUGAAGAUGGAUUUUGAUGGCAAUAUUCGACUGUAUAGUCUAAACCAGGAUGGAGAAACUUGGGUUGUUUCAUGGCAAGCCUUCCCUCAACCAUGCAUGGUUCAUGGAUGUUGUGGACCAAACAGCAUAUGCAUUUAUAUUCCUAAUUUUGGCAGGAAAUGCUCUUGCCUUCCAGGUUAUAAGAUGACCAAUCGUACUGAUUGGUCUCUUGGCUGUAAGCCAGUAUAUCAUCUUUCUUGUAACCAAACUGAGAUUGGUUUCCUGAAGCUCCGCCAUGUUGAAUUCUAUGGUUAUGAUUACAACAUGUAUCCUAAUGUCACCUUAGAGGAUUGCAAGAAAAUAUGCUCGCAGCUGUGCGAUUGCAAAGGUUUCCAAUUCAGAUUUAUUAAAGCCCAUCAACCAGAUGGUACAUAUUGUUAUCCCAAGACGCAAUUGUUGAAUGGACAUCGCCCACCAAAUUUCAAUGCUGAUUUCUACGUGAAAGUGCCCAAGGCUACUGUCCCCUUUUACAGCAACAUUGUUCAAGAUUCCGAGUUAGAAUGCUCCAACGAGUCUCAGACGCUGGAACGAAAAUAUUCCAAAAGGCGCGAAAAUGAGUCAUUAAAAUUUGCCCUUUGGUCGGCCUGUGCAGUCGGAGGACUCGAGUUUCUUACCAUUUUCUUCGUAUGGUGUUUCUUGAUUAGAACCCAUGACAAUUCAAGCCCAGUGGCAGGCUACCAUCUCGCUACAACUGGCUUCAGAAAAUUCAGCUAUGCUGAGCUUAAAAAGGCGACAAAUAGUUUCUCAGAAGAGAUUGGAAGAGGUGCAGGAGGAAUCGUGUACAAAGCCACACUAUCCGAUGGUCGAGUUGCAGCAAUCAAGAGGCUCAUUGACGCUAACCAAGGAGAAGCUGAAUUCCUAGCAGAAGUAAACACCAUUGGAAAGCUUAAUCACAUGAACUUAAUAGAGAUGUGGGGCUAUUGUGCUGAGGGAAAGCUUAGGCUUUUGGUGUAUGAGUACAUGGAACAUGGAUCAUUGGCAGAAAACCUCUCCUCUAAAACACUUGAUUGGAAAAAGAGAUUUGAGAUUGCUGUGGGAACCGCAAGAGGCCUAGCUUAUUUACACGAAGAAUGUUUGGAGUGGGUUCUCCAUUGCGACAUAAAGCCUCAAAACAUUCUCAUAGACUCUAAAUACCAGCCUAAAGUGUCAGAUUUUGGCCUGUCUUGGCUGUUAAACAGAGGCGACGUUAAGUACUCAAAAGUCUCAAAAAUCCGAGGAACCAGAGGCUACAUGGCACCUGAGUGGGUGUUCAAUCUGCCCAUCACCUCCAAAGUUGAUGUCUAUAGCUAUGGGAUCGUUCUAUUGGAGUUGGUGACUGGAAGAAGCCCCGCAAUGCGAACCCAUGUGACCGAUGAUGAAAAUUCAAAAGCGCAAAGAACUUUAGUUUCAUGGGUGAGAGAGCUCAUGGCAAGAGCCCAAGAGACUGACGCUUGGAAGCAUGAGAUAAUAGAUCCCACGCUGGAGGAGAUAUAUUGUGAGACUGAGAUGCUAAUUCUGGUUACCGUAGCGCUGCAAUGUGUUCAGGAAGAUAAAGACGUAAGACCGACCAUGGGUGAAGUAGUUGAGAUGCUCCUUCGUCACGAAAGCCAUUGAACUACCAAGGGAUUAUCUCUUGCUAAACAAAUCAGUGGGUAACAAAAUCAUAAAUCUCUUUUAGGUCUACAAAUAAAUUAUCUCAACUUCUUUCUUUUUUCCUUUAUUGGCUCCAUUAUCGGGAGUAAUGUCGGUUAAUGUUAAUCUCUAGUAGGAGUAACGUCCGUUCUCUCUACCGCCAUGGACACUCUCAAAGAGGGCUUGCACGCCCUCUAGCUAGGGUGUGACCUAGGAAAGAGUUGUUGUGCAUAGGUUAAUGUAUUCACCUGCUGUGUAACCAAUCGGUAGAUUGUAUUAUAAUUUUCUUUAGGCCA